GCAAUGCAAAGAGCGAUAUAACCAUAGAGAUGAUGCUUUCCUUUGUGUGUACGCGCGAGUCGUCCUCGCAGGGUCGUUUCCUCACCCCUCCCAUUCUUCUAUAAUGCAAAAAACCCAGGGAGAGCUUUCGCCGGAGGAGUACCAACGCCUAGAUGGGUUCACUGUCCUGUCUACACGCACAAGAAAUUAACGGCCAGGGGCAGCUUUCAAUUAAAUAUUCCAUAGAUAACGAAAAGCCUGAGAGCCUUAUGCCUGCAACCCCCUAUCUAUUAAUUCAUGUCUGUGGUGCUAUCUGUAAAGGACGGAAACUAGGAGUCAUAAAUGUAUUUUAAGACCUGUUUUUAUGAUGUUUUAAAGCGUUUUUAGUGUUUUGUUUGCCACUCUGGGUUCCUGCUGGGAGGAAGGGCGGGAUACAAAUUAAAUAAUAAAUAAAUUCCCCUACACACGCAGAAAGAGUCUUUCUACUCCUUGUCUUUCUAUGAGCCGUACAGCCCGAACUUCCUGUAUUCAAUUGAAGCCUUCACCGCUUUGCAUUGGAAAAUGAAGGAGCGGGAAAACCGGCUCAGCUUCGGAACAGAAGCGCCCGUUAGAGCUUGCUUUGGGAUUCCUGAGAAGGACAUCGGCUUAAGACGCUUAUUAUUUUUCUCUGUCUUUCUGACCUGGAAAAUGGCAGUGCUGAGCCCUGGGGAGCGCUGGGCUGAAGGUAACUACGUCUUCGUGCCGAUGAUGACAUUACCGGGAGUGAUCCUUCAUUGUGGGUGAUCAGGAUGGCGUGCGUCUGAUUUCAAAUUAGCGCACCAACAACGACCCUGCUGCAUUAAUUGAUGAGCUUAGAAGAAAUCCAUGUGCAUCAGAGAAAAUGCAAGACUUUGAUUACUGUGGCUGUAGUGACUGUAAGAAGAUGAAAAAGGAUCAUCUGUGUGACAGUGGAAGGAGUCAGUCACAUUCUGGGGAAGGUAACAUGACCUACACAAAGGAACAGUUACUUGGGGUUCAAAGAAUAAAGAACAGUAAGAAUUACUAUGAGAUUCUAGGUGUUGGGAGAGAUGCGAAAGAUGAAGAACUGAAGAAAGCAUACCGAAAACUUGCCUUGAAAUUUCACCCUGACAAGAACUGUGCUCCAGGAGCAACAGAUGCAUUUAAAGCAAUAGGCACAGCUUUUGCAGUUCUGAGUAACCCUGAAAAGAGAUUACAGUAUGAUCAGUUUGGAGAUGAACAAGAGAUUUUUUAUAACAACCAGCCCAAGCAUUAUAAUUAUUACAGAGAGUUUGAAGCAGACAUCACACCAGAAGAAAUAUUUAACAUGUUUUUUGGAGGAAGCUUCCCAACAGGAAAUAUACAUAUGUUUUCAAAUUCAUCAAUGGAUCCUCCAUGUUAUCAGCAGCGGAACAGACAUGAAAGGACUUGGACAGAGGAGGAGGAGGAGGAAGAAACUAGACCACAGAAUUCAUACUCAGCAUUUAUCCAGUUACUGCCAGUUUUUAUUAUAAUAGUUGUGUCAAUAGUAACUCAACUGAUGGCUACUAAUGCACCCUACAGCCUCUUCUUCAAAUCGACUCUUGGGCACAUUAUUGUUAGAGAAACUCAGAACCUGCAGGUGCCUUACUAUGUUGAUAAAAACUUUGAAAAUAACUAUAACGGCGAAGAACUUGAAAAGCUUGAAAAACAAAUUGAAAAAGAUUAUAUUGAUUAUAUCCAGACUAGCUGCAGGAAAGAAAAACAACAAAAAUCAGAGUUAUCUAAUUUGGCGAAGCUAUACAGAGAUGAGCGACUGAAACAGAAAGCAGAAUCCCUAAAACUUGAGAACUGUGAAAAGCUCUCCAAUCUGAUAGGAGUACAAAGGAGUCACUAAUGGGCAGAGGCUUGGGGGCAGAAGUGAGGAGUACCAACAGGCCAUAUAUGCUACUGGCAGGAAUUUCAUCCUGGCUUUAUUUUCCUUUUAAAAUGAAUAGAAGCAGCAUAACUUAAAAACAUAAUACUUAGUAUUAUCAUGUACCCAGAGCUGUAUGAACUAAGCCAUAAGAUACAACACUUUCUGUAAUAUAUACAGUAUAUUUUGGUUCCAAGGCACACUAGUGUUCCAAUGUUAACAAUUUCUUGGAGACUUGAAUUACAUUUGGCAACAGUCUCCAUCUGAUACUUUGCUGCCAUUCAAGUGCCAAGCAGGUGCUUCCCAGAAAUGCAGUCGUCAUGCUCACUGGGGUUGCAUAGAGCCCACAAUAUCACAUCAGUAACUCCCUCAAAAUCUUACAUUGUCAUUUCCAUGUUCAUCUGAAGCUGCUCUUUAUAUGAAUUACAACAAAAGAAAGGACAGGAUUUGCUCCACUCUCUGUUUUUAUAUUUAUCUCUUCUGUUUCACACCAUCUACCUGUGUGAGUUUCUGCAAGACCUGCUCCCUGCAUUUCUGGCUGAUUUCCACCUGGCCUGGAAGGGCGGGGCCCUGUCUCUCUCCAGCUACAAAAGCAGCAACUGCUGAAGAGGCCAGAGACCAUCUACCUGUGUGAGUUUCUGCAAGACCUGCUCCCUGCAUUUCUGGCUGAUUUCCACCUGGCCUGGAAGGGCGGGGCCCUGUCUCUCUCCAGCUACAAAAGCAGCAACUGCUGAAGAGGCCAGAGACCAUCUACCUGUGUGAGUUUCUGCAAGACCUGCUCCCUGCAUUUCUGGCUGAUUUCCACCUGGCCUGGAAGGGCGGGGCCCUGUCUCUCUCCAGCUACAAAAGCAGCAACUGCUGAAGGGGCCAGAGACCAUCUACCUGUAUGAGUUUCUGCAAGACCUGCUCCCUGCAUUUCUGGCUGAUUUCCACCUGGCCUGGAAGGGCGGGGCCCUGUCUCUCUCCAGCUACAAAAGCAGCAACUGCUGAAGGGGCCAGAGACCAUCUACCUGUAUGAGUUUCUGCAAGACCUGCUCCCUGCAUUUCUGGCUGAUUUCCACCAGGCCUGGAAGGGCGGGGUCCUGUCUCUCUCCAGCUACAAAAGCAGCAACUGCUGAAGGGGCCAGAGACCAUCUACCUGUAUGAGUUUCUGCAAGACCUGCUCCCUGCAUUUCUGGCUGAUUUCCACCUGGCCUGGAAGGGUGGAGCCCUGUCUCUCUCCAGCUACAAAAGCAGCAACUGCUGAAGGGGCCAGAGACCAUCUACCUGUAUGAGUUUCUGCAAGACCUGCUCCCUGCAUUUCUGGCUGAUUUCCAUUUGGCCUGGAAGGGUGGGGUCCUGUCUCUCUCCAGCUACAAAAGCAGCAACUGCUGAAGGGGCCAGAGACCAUCUACCUGUGUGAGUUUCUGCAAGACCUGCUCCCUGCAUUUCUGGCUGAUUUCCACCUGGCCUGGGAGGGUGGGGCCCUGUCUCUCUCCAGCUACAAAAGCAGCAACUGCUGAAGGGGCCAGAGACCAUCUACCUGUAUGAGUUUCUGCAAGACCUGCUCCCUGCAUUUCUGGCUGAUUUCCAUUUGGCCUGGAAGGUUUGGCCCUGUCUCUCUCCAGCUACAAAAGCAGCAACUGGUGAAGGGGCCAGAGACCAUCUACCUGUGUGAGUUUCUGCAAGACCUGCUCCCUGCAUUUCUGGCUGAUUUCCACCUUGCCUGGAAGGGUGGGGCCCUGUCUCUCUCCAGCUACAAAAGCAGCAACUGCUGAAGAGGCCAGAGACCAUCUACCUGUGUGAGUUUCUGCAAGACCUGCUCCCUGCAUUUCUGGCUGAUUUCCACCUGGCCUGGAAGGGUGGGGCCCUGUCUCUCUCCAGCUACAAAAGCAGCAACUGCUGAAGGGGCCAGAGACCAUCUACCUGUAUGAGUUUCUGCAAGACCUGCUCCCUGCAUUUCUGGCUGAUUUCCAUUUGGCCUGGAAGGUUUGGCCCUGUCUCUCUCCAGCUACAAAAGCAGCAACUGCUGAAGGGGCCAGAGACCAUCUACCUGUGUGAGUUUCUGCAAGACCUGCUCCCUGCAUUUCUGGCUGAUUUCCACCUGGCCUGGAAGGGUGGGGCCCUGUCUCUCUCCAGCUACAAAAGCAGCAACUGCUGAAGAGGCCAGAGACCAUCUACCUGUGUGAGUUUCUGCAAGACCUGCUCCCUGCAUUUCUGGCUGAUUUCCACCUGGCCUGGAAGGGCGGGGCCCUGUCUCUCUCCAGCUACAAAAGCAGCAACUGCUGAAGGGGUCAGAGACCAUCUACCUGUGUGAGUUUCUGCAAGACCUGCUCCCUGCAUUUCUGGCUGAUUUCCACCUGGCCUGGAAGGGCGGGGCCCUGUCUCUCUCCAGCUACAAAAGCAGCAACUGCUGAAGGGGCCAGAGACCAUCUACCUGUAUGAGUUUCUGCAAGACCUGCUCCCUGCAUUUCUGGCUGAUUUCCACCUGGCCUGGAAGGGCGGGGCCCUGUCUCUCUCCAGCUACAAAAGCAGCAACUGCUGAAGGGGCCAGAGACCAUCUACCUGUAUGAGUUUCUGCAAGACCUGCUCCCUGCAUUUCUGGCUGAUUUCCACCUGGCCUGGAAGGGUGGGGCCCUGUCUCUCUCCAGCUACAAAAGCAGCAACUGCUGAAGGGGCCAGAGACCAUCUACCUGUAUGAGUUUCUGCAAGACCUGCUCCCUGCAUUUCUGGCUGAUUUCCACCUGGCCUGGAAGGGCGGGGCCCUGUCUCUCUCCAGCUACAAAAGCAGCAACUGCUGAAGGGGCCAGAGACCAUCUACCUGUUUGAGUUUCUGCAAGACCUGCUCCCUGCAUUUCUGGCUGAUUUCCACCUGGCCUGGAAGGGCGGGGCCCUGUCUCUCUCCAGCUACAAAAGCAGCAACUGCUGAAGGGGCCAGAGACCAUCUACCUGUAUGAGUUUCUGCAAGACCUGCUCCCUGCAUUUCUGGCUGAUUUCCACCUGGCCUGGAAGGGCGGGGCCCUGUCUCUCUCCAGCUACAAAAGCAGCAACUGCUGAAGGGGCCAGAGACCAUCUACCUGUAUGAGUUUCUGCAAGACCUGCUCCCUGCAUUUUUGGCUGAUUUCCACCUGGCCUGGAAGGGCGGGGCCCUGUCUCUCUCCAGCUACAAAAGCAGCAACUGCUGAAGGGGCCAGAGACCAUCUACUUGUAUGAGUUUCUGCAAGACCUGCUCCCUGCAUUUCUGGCUGAUUUCCACCUGGCCUGGAAGGGCGGGGCCCUGUCUCUCUCCAGCUACAAAAGCAGCAACUGCUGAAGGGGCCAGAGACCAUCUACCUGUAUGAGUUUCUGCAAGACCUGCUCCCUGCAUUUCUGGCUGAUUUCCACCUGGCCUGGAAGGGUGGGGCCCUGUCUCUCUCCAGCUACAAAAGCAGCAACUGCUGAAGGAGCCAGAGACCGUGUGUGUGUGUAUGUGUGCGUGAACCUGCUGCUCGGGAUGUCUAUGGACUACUGGGUUUUUGUUUAGUAUUAUAUGUUAUAUUUUACUCUAUGUUAUAUUUUAGUCUAUGUACGCCGCCUAGAGUGGCCGUUAAUUUGGCCAGAUAAGCAGCCUAGAAAUAAAAUUUUAUUAUUUUAUUAUUAUUAUUAUUUCAAGAGAGCUUGCAUUGAAGGGCAUAUCAAGGAUGUAGCCCCAAUUUUAAAUAGUCUUUUUUUAGAUAAACCUGGCCUUCAUAUUUUGGCCCUCUUAGAUUUUUGGCACUAGGAUUUUGUAUGGCUUCUGUGACUAUGAAGCAACAUCAGAUGCAUUCUACUGAGUUUAAUGUGCUGUGAUAAAUGCUCACAUCAGCUACAUUAAUAGUACUGUAGAUUAUUUAUUUACAUCCUUCACCAACAGCACUAUAUAGAAAUACCUAUAUAGGUGUUUACAUUUGUAGCAGAUUUCAACGAGCAGGGCCGGUCCCAGCCUACCCCGGGCCCCAGCAUACGCACACACACAGCCAGGCACGCACCCCUGGUGCACAGCUGCUGCCUGUUCCACCUACCUCUCUCGUGUCUGCUGCUGCACGUGCAGGGCUGCCAUCAACCAAGAUGGCAACAGAGGUGUCUCUA